UCUUCUUUUAACAUAUAUAUUAAUAAAAUCCAGUUAGAAUAAAAUUUUUCAAAAUUAAAACUUAAUAAUUAAUUACAGUAAUUGACAUAAUCUUAUUAUUCUUAUCUACGUUUUUCGAUGUUUGUAAUUUAAUUAAAUAUAUCAAUGUGACAUUAAAUUGUUUUAUAGACAUUAAGAAUUAUUUCAAACUUCUAUUUCUUCUCAAAAUAAGCAACAUUAUUACAUAUGAACUAUGACAUUGAAUAUUACAUUUCAAUUAUUUUAAAUACGCAAAUUACGAUCUACAUAAAUUACACAAGUGCAGGUAUACAUUUACGCAUGUGUGUAUACGCAAGAAAAAUGUGGACUUUAAACUUUAAAACAAAUGAAAAGAAGAUAUAUGUGUAUAUCCACAUACAGGGUGUUAAUUUGAAAACAUAAAUGACAUUUGAUAUUCGCGGUUAGUAACCGAUUUGCAUGUAUUCAUAUAUGCAUUGAAUAAAAGAGAAUCAGAUCAAAGAAACACAAGCAAUUUAGUAUACUGGCAAAAGAUAAUGUCAGAUGGGUCAAUUGCUUUUAAGUUAAGAAAUCUCCAUCAAAUCUCUGGACUACAGCAUAAAGUGUAUUUUAAUUAGCAAUAAUGAUAGUUGGGAGGAUGUUAUUACCUACUCUUGCCAGAACAAGAUUGACUUCCUAUGCAAGACCACAAUUGUUAAAGCAGAGACAAGAUUUGACUUUAUUUCUAUUAGUAUGUAAAUUAUCAAACUAUCAUAUUACAAAAAAUAUUGAAUAUAUUUCACAAAAUAAUGUAAUUAGAAAUGGUACAGCUGUACAGAAUUUUAAUAACGAGGAGAAUAAACCUCUAUUAGUUUUACUUAGUUGGUUGUUACCAAAACGUAAACAUGUUCUGAAAUAUGCAGAUUUGUAUUUGGAACAAGGGUUUGAUGUCGUGAUAGUAUCAAUUACUCCUUGGCAACUAUUAUGGCCCACAAAAGGAUCUAGGCUGGUUGCAGCAGACUUGAUAGAGUUUUUGAUAAAACAUCAGAAUUAUCAACAAAUACUAUUGCAUGGAUUUUCAGUAGCUGGAUAUAUGUGGGGAGAAGUAUUGGAUUUAAUGCAGAAUGACCCUAAAAAGUGUAACAAUAUAAUUGAUAGGAUUGUUGGUCAAGUAUGGGAUAGUUUGGCUGAUGUGAGUGAAUUAACAAUAGGUGCACCACGUGCUAUGUUUCCAAGAAAUGAAAUGCUACAAAAUAUGUGCCAGAAGUAUUUAGAAUAUCAUAUGAAAACUUUUUAUAAACCAUCUACUCAGUAUUAUAUAAGAUCUAGUCAAUUGUUUCAUACAAAUUUAGUGCAUAGUCCAGCAUUAUUUUUUAUUAGUAAAACAGACCCAGUGGGUUCAUUAACAAGUAAUCUAAGAGUGAAAGAAAGCUGGGAUUCUUUGGGUGUAAAGGUAAGAUGUGUAAAUGUAAAAAAUAAUCACAGGUAUGUAAAUUACAAAAUAGUAGAGAAAUAUUUAUAUUCUUUUCAGAUUUAUGUUAAGAUAUUUGAAAAUUCCCCACAUGUUGAACAUUAUCGUAAAUACCCAAAAGAAUAUGUUGCAGAACUGUAUGCGUUUUUGAAUAAAUUAAAUUUGAUGCAAAAUAAAAAGAAAAUGGCACAAUUUUAAAUGUGCCAUAUGACGUCUUAUUACUUAUAUUCUUAAAAGAUAUUCAAAACAGUAUAUUUACGAAAUAUGUAGUUCUUUAAUAUAGAUUUUGAUACAAAUUUUUAUAUAUAAAUCAAAGCAAGUUAUUUAUAAUCAAUUGAAACUUUUUAACCAGUCUCAGCUGUGAACUUCAUCAUCUGUAAGUAAAAACACAUGUUUCUGUGCAAUAAUAUAAAAAGUAUAAUCAAUUUUAUAGCAAGAAACAAAGAAGUGUUCAUUUAAACAGGUAUAGUAAAAGGAAAGAGGUACUUUGUGAACUACAUAUUUUAUAAUAGUUUUAAACUUAUUUGAUGAAUUCCGUCUUUAGCAAUCAUAUGUACAUGAAUACUUAUUUUUUUUUUUACAGUAACUAUUUUUUAACCAUGAUGCUAAUUGCAACUUAUACAGUAAGCAAGAAAAAUGUGUGUUUUAUGCAUUGAAUGUUAGUAUGCCAUUACAAAAAUGGUUAUUCGUAAUAUGUUACUUAUUAUACAAUGUAUACUUUUAAAUACAAAAAAAUUUGAGUUAAUUAAAUUUUAUUUCUAUAAUGCA